GCUGCAACGGCGAAAACUUUACCUCAACGACAACCCCGGAAUCCCAGAAGAGCUGUUCUGCACAUCCCAGCCUCAGCACUGCGGCCCAAUAUCAUUCAUACCACAGGAGCGACACCCGCUGCAGGAACACCUCCUUGAAGACUCAGAAUUCUAUUGUGAAGUUCCUGUCUUCACGUCUUUCGAACAAGUCAGCACUAGUCGGACCGUCGCUAUCCGUGAUCGCAGAGCACAGCACUUAUUGGGAAUUUUAUUUCUCUGCUGAGCACAAUACACCACGGGACGAAGGGCUCCUCACUUGUCGCGGACCUACGUUUUACGAUCGUAUAAAUUAUGUCUUCGGCCUCAACACCGCAAAAGAUCAAGCUGAAUAAUCCUUCGGCAGCUGUCGCCGCAAAGAAGAAGCGGAAGAAGACAGGGUCCGGAAAGACAGCACCUGCGCCGAAAGCCAGCUCCUCGAAAUCACCUGCUACCGACGACGAAGACAACUCCUCUGACGAAUCUGACUAUAGCGAGGAGGAAGAGGAUGCUGAAGACUAUUGCAAAGGAGGCUAUCAUCCCAUUAACAUUGGUGAUUCUUUCAACGAUGGCCGGUACACAAUAUUGCGGAAACUAGGAUGGGGUCACUUCUCAACAGUAUGGCUGGCACAAGACCACAAGUUCAAACGGCCGGUUGCUCUGAAGAUUGUGAAAUCGGCACCGCAUUACACAGAAACGGCUUUGGACGAGAUCAAACUUUUGGACAAAGUAGUCUCGGCAAAUCGAGAUAAUCCGGAGAGACGUUGCGUGGUUGAACUCUAUGACUGGUUCAAACACCGCGGGCCCCACGGAACACAUGUGUGUAUGGCAUUCGAGGUGCUUGGGCCAAAUUUGUUGACCUUGAUAAGGCAAUAUCACCAUCGCGGGCUCGACGUUGGGAUUGUCCAGCGCAUAACAAAACAAGUUUUGAUGGGUUUGGACUACCUGCAUCGGGAAUGCGGCAUAAUACAUACGGAUCUGAAGCCUGAGAAUGUACUAAUAUGUGUAAAUGUGGAAGAAACUCUGAAGAAACUCGGCAUCGAUUUGGAGAAUCCUCCAAAAAGGAAGGAGGUGGAUAGUUCCAAACGCACAUCGAGAACCGGAAGUCCUUCGAAUACGACCCCGACAAUGACGCGGGCGCAAAGAAAAAAGGCCAGAUAUAGACAGAAGAAGCAAAAGGGAAAGAACUCGAGCACAGGAAAUACACCACCGGAACCCAUGGAAUCCGUCGCGGGUCUGCAGACGCCCGAAGUCACCACGAUACCACCAGCUCCAGUCGCCUAUGCAAAUGGAACGGAUGGCAAAGAAGAAGUACCACAGUCGACAAACAUGCUCUCGCCAGAGGCGUCAACCGAGGCGCUAGGUAGAAACUUGAGCGACAUCAGCAUAUCUGAGGCUUACGAGGCAAAAGCGGCAGCCAAAGAUUUGCAAGAGCGGGAAGGGGAAGGCGAAUUUCAUCACAAAGGGAAUGAGAGGGCAGGCGAGGAACCAACCCAGGAGCUGAGUGAUUCAGAAAAGAAGCGGCGUCGUGAAGAGAAGCGGGAUCUACGGAGAAAACAAGAUGGACGCAUCAAAGUGAAGAUCGCUGAUUUGGGGAACGCUUGCUGGGUGGACCACCACUUUACAAACGACAUUCAAACACGGCAAUACCGGUCCCCUGAGGCUAUCUUGGGAGCCAACUACGACCGGAGUGCAGACAUUUGGAGUUUGGGAUGCAUGGUUUUCGAGUUGUUGACCGGCGACUAUCUGUUCGAUCCUCAAGCGGGGCAAAGGUAUACCAAAGAUGAUGACCAUAUCGCUCAAAUAAUUGAGCUACUGGGCGAGUUUCCCAAGUCGCUCGCUUUGAGUGGGAAGUAUUCCAGCGAGCUUUUCAACCGUAAAGGGCAAUUGCGCCAUAUACACAAGCUUCGUUAUUGGAAGCUGCCCGACGUUCUCCAAGACAAGUACCAUUUUUCCAAAGAGGAAGCCGAGAACAUAGGGGCGUUCAUAUUACCGAUGAUUGAGAUUACUCCCGACAAGAGAGCAACCGCCGCAGACAUGCUCAAAGCCUCUUGGCUCAGCAACGUCGACCUAACCGACGACGGCCAACCACCACACGUCCACCGCGGCUUCCCCGUACGCUCGAAAACGCCCAGCCUGUUCGGAAGCGAGGACGAGGCGGAAUUCCUGGAAAAUGUGCAGGAAGACGAUGAUGGGGAUGACUUUGAGGGGAUCAUGGAGGCUGACGAGGACGAGGAGGACGAUGAUGAUGAUAUGACGGAGGAAGGGGAUGCGGAGGGGUCGGACGCUAUGGAUCAGGAUGGGUUGCCGUGAGCACUUUUUCGCCGAUCGUUUGCCGUUUCUUUCCGGCUUGGAGGCUCGGGAACAGUGAAAGCAUGGCAGACCCCAUUGGGCUUCUCGAUUCACCACGUGCCACCGCCAUCGUCCCGGUCCCUAGCUUUACCCAUCGUCACGAACCAUCCUUUUCUGAAAGAACACUCACGCACGCACUGGCUGUGGCUGCAUGUCUCUUAUAUCUCCCCAACCUCACAUCAUAAUCUUUUUUCCGUAGUUAAUCUGCAAAACACCCCCCGCUAUUCUGUACAUGCUUAUACAGCCCCCCAUCUCCCAUCGAUUGCUACACAUCGGACCGUUUUGCCUUACUUCCGCUCAAUUCUUCAUAAAUAGAUUUGCGCCUGUGUCUGGCUCGCUAUUUACUUCUUGACCCGGAGCCUGAUAUGGAAGAGCAAAACUCUCUGGAAUUCAUUCACAC